UUUGUGUUUGUCAAGGUAGUUUUGUUUACGCGUAAAUUUUCAUUCGGUAUCAACUUCUCGUACGUUUCGUGUGUGCUAAGAGGUAGAUGAAGGUGCGUAACAGUUUCCUUCAGGUUUCGUAUUAAAUUUAAAAGGAUUUAAGAUGUCCCGCAUUCACAAGGACAAGUAUGAAAAUUCAAACCCACGUCGUACUCACACUUUCAUGUCCACAGAGGAUGCAAACUCUGGGAAGAAAUCUUAUUGGCCGGAGUUGGAGAUAACAGGCAGUAUAAGAAAUUUGAGCCCAAACUUAUGGCAGUUAACUCAUUUGACAGCUUUAUAUCUCAACGACAAUAGUUUGCAAAGGAUACCAUCCGAGAUUGGACGGUUAGUCAAUUUGCGAACUUUAGAUCUCAGUAGCAACAAAUUACGCAGUUUACCAGCAGAACUGGGGGACCUCAUCUACCUCAGAGAAUUGUUAUUGAAUCAAAAUUACCUUCGCGUGUUACCGUACGAACUAGGAAAGUUGUUCCAGUUACAAGUGCUUGGACUUCAGGGCAAUCCACUCAGCAAGGAAGUACUGUCACUGUAUGGAGAACCUUCUGGAACCCACAAGCUGCUAUCGUAUAUGCUGGACAACUUACAAGUGACUGCAAACCAUCCGCCUCAGAGACCCUGGAUACCAUUGACGAGGCCAAACAGGACGAGACCAACAUGUAUAUUCACAGUAAUGUGUUACAACGUGUUGUGCGACAAGUACGCAACACGACAAAUGUACGGAUACUGUCCGAGCUGGGCGCUCGAUUGGGAAUAUCGGAAAAAAGGAAUUCUCGACGAGAUACGACAUUACGCCGCGGACAUUAUCAGUUUGCAGGAAGUCGAGACAGACCAAUUCUACAAUUUUUUCCUACCAGAGCUCAAACACGACGGUUACGAUGGGAUCUUUUCACCAAAAUCUCGGGCAAAGAUCAUGGCGGAGAGCGAUCGUAAAUACGUGGACGGAUGCGCCAUUUUUUACAGGACGGCGAAAUUUACCUUGAUAAAAGAGCAUUUAGUCGAAUUCAAUCAGUUGGCAAUGGCGAACGCAGAAGGCUCUGACAACAUGUUGAAUAGAGUGAUGCCAAAAGAUAAUAUCGGACUCGCCGCCCUGCUUAGGACAAAGGAAGCUGCUUGGGACAAUGGCCUUCCAUCAGACUCAGCACAAAUUCAACAACCGAUUUUAGUUUGCACAGCACACAUCCACUGGGAUCCAGAGUUUUGUGAUGUUAAAUUAAUACAGACAAUGAUGCUCAGCAAUGAAUUACGUUCCAUUUUGGACCAAGCUGGUCAGUCUUUUAGGCUAGGCUGCAAGUCCGACUCUUCCAGCGUUCAAUUGUUACUUUGUGGUGACUUCAAUUCCUUACCUGAUUCUGGUGUAAUCGAAUUUCUUACAUCGGGACGAGUAGCGGCCGAUCACCGUGAUUUUAAAGACUUAACAUACAAAUCAUGCUUACAAAAGAUCUCUGGGUGCGAUAAACCUAAUGAAUUUACCCACUCGUUUAAACUCGCAUCUGCCUAUAGUGAAGAUAUUAUGCCCUAUACUAAUUUCACAUUCGAUUUCAAAGGAAUAAUAGAUUACAUUUUCUACUCGAAACAAAGUAUGGUACCUUUGGGACUUUUGGGCCCUUUAAACGCAGAUUGGUUUAGAGAACACAAAGUGGUCGGUUGUCCACAUCCUCACGUUCCAUCUGAUCAUUUUCCAUUAUUAGUGGAAUUCGAAAUGACGCCAAUAGUAGGAACAAGCAAUGGUCUGAUCUCAAGAAGGUAGCAGCAGCUGCGACCUAGGUCCAAGUAAAAAUAAGGAAAUAAAUAAAUGAUAAUAAAGAAAAACUCUCCAUCACAUUCUCUCUUACUUCUGGCUUUAGCAAUAUCACUCGCAGUCAACGACUAUUCUAAUGGAGAAUAUUUCAAAUACUUCAUAUUGCCGCACAUUCAACAAGAUAUCAGAUAUCAAUAAAUAAUUCUAAUGACCAGGUGAAGGGAGUCGUGUUGUAAUGCGUUUAGCCCAUGUAUAGUGUAUUGCAUUUUUAAGACUUGACUUUCCCACAUUAAGAAUAUUGUAACCUCUAUUACCAUCGUAAUAUUGUAGAUACCUAUUUUCCUACAAAAAGAUAUUCUGAUCAAGCCGCUGUGAUAUUGACAUUAACAAUUGGAACAAUUUCACAUAUUUAUUAAGAAAUUAGUAUCUACCAGAAAACCCCUAAUCUCUUCCUAAAUGUCAUUACAACAUUCUCCAAGCCAAUUUUUUGAUAAGAAUGCUGCCAUCCAACAAGAAAUUGUAUUUUUAAACAAAACAAAAACUAAAAAUAUGAAAAUAUACACACUAUACUGGGCUGUGCGAAACGAUUGGAGUUGACUUAACAAUUUCAAUGCAAGUACAAAUCUGUUCUUAUUGGCCACAUAUAUUGAUAAUAAUAAUGUUAUAUAAAGAAAUAGAUGAUAUUGUAGUGAGUUUAUUUGUAAGUAUGGUAAUGUAAUGAUGUUCAUCGAUCAUAGCAUUAUGAAAAUCAGCUGACAUUCACUCAUUAGAUUCAGUACAGGAUAUUAAUGUGUACCAUACCGAUGUACUACUUGUUAAUUCAGUUGCACUGGAUCUAUAUAUGCUGCAUAAUUUGAUUUUUCUGAUUGUAUACUUGUAUUUUACUGACUGGCGACAAAUCGAAUGCAUUUUAGAUCCUAUGGAUAAUUCAUUUUAAAGCUAAUACAUUAAUGUCUGAUUCGUUUCUUUUAUUAUUUCGAAUUAAGAAACUUUAUUAUACAUAUCAAAACAAAUGUAUAAUUCAAUUUAUUGACCGCAAAAUGUUCAUUAUAAUUUUAAGUUUAACGUUACGAUUCCAACAGUAUACGCUUUGCCAGAAAAUUAAAGGAUCGUAUUGUAAUCGUUUAAAAAAUCGCGAAAUUCAAAAUUCUGUAAUUUCGUGAAAAAUAAUCGUGCAGCAAUGUGGGAAAAGAAUUUUUAAAUCUUGCAUUUUAGCUCUUUUUAUUA